GGGCUGCUUCUCAUCAGGCAAGCACUGAAAAAGCUGCUGGUUGCCCAGCCUGUGGCUGAUUUCGCUGAGGUUAAGGUUUUGCUGUGCUGCAGUUUGUCCUUGCACACUCCCAGGGCAGGGGAGGAAAGGUUCAAUUCAGGCUGUGGGGGACAGUGCUCAGAGCAGGUGCUGGCGAGGCUGCAGGGCUGGGCUCCCUGCAGGAAAUCAGGGCUGGGAGCAGCGUCCCAGCGACACUUGACAGAGCCUGUUUGGACUGGGCUGGUUGCUCAGUCACAGGAAUGAUGGAUGAAAGGCAAACACCCCAUAGACUUUGUCAUGGAAAAGUGAUAGGCAUGUUCCAGGCUUGAAAAAAUGAAAUGUUUAGAUCUCCUACAGGUGCUGCCUAGGUCUCACAAAACACUUCUGAUCAAACAUUCAGGCCCAGAACCUCUGGGGUAUUUCAGCAUCCAUGCUGCUGACAUUCCUUGGCAUAUGCUUAAUCCUUUUUACGUCUCUCAAGUGUGAAUAGAGCCACCCAAACACAGGUGGUGCUGCCUGGCACAGCCCCAGAUCUGCAGGGGUGGAUAUCAGGCAAGGUGUGUCCAGAUCUGGGCUUUUCUGGCACAAGCCAACCUCUCUGUACUGUGUCAGUGCCCUGCUGCUCAUCCUGUUCCCUGGGAUGCUGCUGCCCAUUGAGUUGUGAGGGCUGUGUGCUCUUCUCCACACCCUGAGCUGUAGCCUGUACAGCCUGGUGCUGUAGCCCUUCAAGACUCCAGCAACACACAGCCAGCUUGAGGCACUGGUAGGAUCCCCCAGACUCCAUGGGAUGCUCUGUCAAGGCACCCACUGAGCAUCUACUCCAAAUAAUAGUCUGAGAGCAUCCCAGCUUGGUGCUUUCAUUCAUUGCUUCAUUUGCAGUCUGCUCUAUUUUUUUUUGCAAAUUUUAAGCCGCACCAAUUGCAGCCCCAAGCAGUGAGGUUCCCUACCCAAGGGAAGCAUUUCUGUGACACUGGUGAGUACAUUGCUCUGGUGAGAGAGACACUGUAGAGGCUGUCACCAAGUGCACCUGAGUGGCUGCUGUGAAUGCUCAGAGUGCCAGGGAGGAAGAGGAUGUUUUGGAUGCCCCAGAAGUGCUGCCCUGUGUGUCCCACCAGCUCCUUCCCCCUCCCACACCCUCAUGUACCAAAUGUGCCUUCCCUGUACAGCCCAGUAAGGCUCAGAGAAGUGUGAAACUGCUGCUGAAGUCAAAGGCAAAUGAUAAUCAUAGUGAGUAAUUCUGGCUGGAACACAGGUUUUUUGAGGGCUGUUGUAUCUUACAGAGCCCCAGUGUGAUUUAUUUUUAAUGCUGAAUGUCUGGCCCUCCAUCACAUUUCCCACACGUGUCAUUUGCCCCCUCAUUUUGUUUGUUUCCCACCAUACAAGGAGGGCAGAUACUCUCCAUUAUAACUCAAAUUGGGCACAGUAUCUCCAACAGCUUGUUGCAACACACUGGUGGCUACAGCCCAGCUGUUGUGGCACAGCUUCUCUGACAAGAGCACGGAGGGUUUCCUCUGCCUGCCUGCAGGUUCCCGUGAGCCCAAGACAAACUGCAUCCCUGGAUGCACCCCAGAAAUGGUUAAGAGAAGAGCAGGCUGCGGUGCUGCUGCUGUCAAGCUCACGGGAGCGGGGCUUUCUCUUCUUGUUGCCAGUUACUAGGAUUGGGAGCCAGCUCUGAUCCUGUCCAGGAGUGUAGUACUUGUACUUGCCCUGCUGCAGAGGAGCUGCAUCCUCUGCCAACAUCAAUUUCAUGUCCCAGAAAAGGGUGCUGAACUCCUUGUCCCUCAGGUAAUGAGGCCUUCUGCAGCUGUCAGGAAACAGUCUUCUGCAUGAGCAGAAGUGCUGUGCUCCUGUGGUCCAUAAAUACACCCCAACAUGGGGGAUCUGCUGUCUUUGCCAUGUCAUGGCCAUGGGGGCUUUUUCUGGCAAAGCCCAGGGUUGGUACGGAGGAGGAGGUAUCAGCAGCCCAUAAAAGCACAGGCAGGGGACGGGUGGGAAGCAGAAUAUGUGGGUGUAAAUGUGAGCUUAUCUCCUGCAGUGGCUGCUCCCCUCCCACCCCCAAGCUCUGCUGGCUUUAAUCAUCUUAGAUCUGUGCAAAAACUCUGCAUACGUCAGGUGCAGGAUGUUUGAGUGGCUGCAUUACUGAGCUGGAGGAUCUAAACCCCUUGCACAUGGACUUUGUGGAGGUGGCAGACGGCUCCGAUGGCCACAGCUCCUGACCCCAGGGCAGCUCCUGACCUCAGGCACUGCUCCAUCCCCCCCUGCUGUGCCCAGGAGCAAUGAUGUGUUUCACAUCUGGGCUUGAUGUAUUCAGAGAGUGCAUGGCCACUGCAUAUUCAGUAAGGCAUGAUGAGUUCAUUUAACAAAUUUUCCAGAUCAUCUGUGAAUGUAUACUGCUCUAACCUCCAGUUUAAUGUGCUGGUUAUUGUGGUAUUGAAGUUUAUUCCUGAUCCUGAUUUUCCUUUUUUCCUGCCUGCCAGCAUCUUUGACAGACAACAGAAUUCUAUUUUAGAUCUGUACCAGGUAAUUAUGUUUGCUUGGCAUGUUGCAGUGCUCCUUGUUACUUUGCAUUCAGGAGUGUUAGUCAGGCAGGAGAAAGUGUCAUGAGAUGUGGAGUAAAAAUCACAAUCCAGCCCAGCUAUAGCCCCCCAGGUCUGGUCCUCCAAGAGUCCCAGGGCUUCUGGGUCAUUCUCCCAAGUAUUUGACCUAGCUUCAGAGCAGGAUCCUGACAUAAAUGCCUGAGUUUAGUGAAGACAGGUAAGGUGAUAAACCUGCCCCAAAUAUUGACUCUGUACUAUGGGGAAAAGGUGGCACUGAUCCUGUCCUCUAGGUGGGAGAAAUUAAUUACGAGGAGGUAAAUAAAGUGUCUGGUGAGUCCUGGGAGGACUAUUGGCUUGGAAAAGGUAUGGCUUGUUGUGCCUUUGGUGCAGAAAGACUGUUUGAAAAGGUGUUUGCAGAGCUGUGUGUAAGUUCAUUGUGCAUUGCCUGUAUGUGGCUGUGGAGGAGCUUUAUCAGGAUAAAUGGACCCAUGAGCACUAAGGGGGAACUAAGCAGAACUUGCUGCCACCUCCUUGCCUUCCUUUCCCAUUAAGGGUCCGCAAGGACCUGCAGGGAGUCGCUGCCUUGGGCAGCAGCCUGUGGAAAACAUGGCAUGAGGACUUCAGGACAGAAGCAGCUUCCUUUUACUGUCCUGCGUGGGAGUGGGAGCUCCAGACAAAAUUUACUAGAGAAACCCUGCCACUGAGUCACAAGGUGCAGAGGAUCUUGCUUUUUAAACUUCUCAGAGAGAAGCCUGGAUGUGGCUGGAUCCAGUCUUAGCCUCACACUGUCAACAAUUGUAAUUGUUGAGUAAUUGUGACCUGCAGGAUUUAAAGAUGGCAAAUCAGAUAUGUCUAUAUAAAAAAAAUUGCUCAUGAUGACAAAUGAUUAGACAAAAGAUUGUAAUCAGAAUUACUUACUACACAGACUAGAAGCUGAAACUACUAACAGUUAUAUAGUAUAAUGUAGUGCACUAAAUUAAAGCAAUUGUAUUAAAGGUAACAAAAAGAAGCAGUUGCUAAGUAGACAUUGAUGUAACUCACCAUACCAACACUCAGAGUGGGGAGGUCUCUUUCUCUUAACCUGGAGGAGCAACCUUGAGGGGCAUCCCCACUCAAGGGGGAAUCUCCACACACACUCCAGGAAGGGGUAUCUCAGAAGAACCUCCUAUGUGGAAAGUGGACUGGGUUUUUAGAGUGUAAAGGGGUUGACUGCCAGUCCUAUGCCUCCAGGCCAGUUUAGCAACUUACUGGCCAAAGGUUUGCCUUACUGUCAGGAUGUUGAUUUGGGGUUCGGUGUGCCAGACUGAUUUUUAGCAUAACACAACACCAAAACAACACAUGGCUCCCCUCUCAGUCCAGCCUGAUAGAUUUGCAAAUAAGACAUUUUCCACUGAGUUGCUUGACCACAUUCCAGGUCAAAGCAUGAGGGGGUGUGGGGGGAAACAUCCUGCCACAAUUACACAGGAUAGAAAUGACCCCACAGUUGCACAGAGCAGAGCAGCUCCCCAGCUGCUGGGAAAUGUGUCAUGAGCCCACACUGCCCCCAGGACUCCCUGGCUGUGCAUGCCCACAUCACUGGCACCCUCAGGUGCCACCUUCAGCAGGGAGGGCAGGCUGGAAAGUCCAGGUGCUGCCAGUCUUGGAUAUCCCGAUCUGCUGUGUGACGUGGGAGCUCCUCUGAUGCACUCUGGACAGCGGUGAUGCCCUGCUGCACAUCAGGGCUGGAGGGAGGGCAGGGCUCCCCUCACCCUGCACAGGAAGAUGAUGCAGCCCUGUUCAGGCUUCAAUAGCAGCGUUUUUUCCCUGAACAGAGAACCCUGAGCAUGGCUGCCCAGUUUUAGUCAAGGCCGAGUCAGAGUGAAUGUGGGAAACUUGGAUUCAAAUCCCUCUUCAGUUUUAGUUAAUACAGAUCUGAGCCCAGCUUCCCUCCCCUUCCCCAAGACUGCUCUGGGUAUUGUGGAGAAUUAUCCAGCAGCCCAGAUGAUGUUUUUCAGCACUGCAUCCAUACACAUGUACUGCAGUGGGAAGCAGGACCUUGCUCCCAUGGCAGACACCCAGCCCCUCACUGCAGAGCAGCCCUCACCGCUCCUUUCUUGCUGGAAAUGCUUGAUUGGCUUGAGAGAGACAUGAAACCACAUCUGCAGGAUGGGCGGGGAGAGACCUCGUGAGCUGAUGUAAAAUCCAGUGGCCUGGACAGACUUGGAGAGGAUCUCUGUCCCGCCCUUGCCAAGCAGUGGGAGGAUCUGACCCUGAUGGAGCCAUCCCCAGGUCUCCCUGCCCUCUUUGUGUGGGGUGUGUGUGAUGUCUUACGGGGCUGCUGGCAGAGGUUUGGGCUGACAGCUGAGCGCACUCACCCGUGGUUUGCUGUGCACUGCAUCUGCUUCAGGCUGCCUACCCUAGAGUGUGCUGUUCCCUUUCAGAACAUGCUCCUGCUGCAGCUGCAGCCUCCCGGGCCUCUCCUGCAGCACGGCCUGGCCAUUGCUCAGCACCUGCGCUGGGGCUGAGAUCUGGUGCCCAGCUUGACCCUCUCCUCUUCCCGCUGUUUUAUUGAUUUUAAUUCAUCACUUUCCAUGUGGUUAAGUGGCUUUUUGGUGGCUGUUUCUUGCCAAGUGCUGCUGCUGGCUGCCUUGUCUCAUCCACAGCCUGGGUGGUGAAGAACUCUCCUGCAGGAUUCCUCCUGCAGGCAGCUGCCAGCUGCUGUGUCCUUGGGCUGGCUUUGGGCAUUGUGACAUGCUCUCAGUCCACAGCCAGGGGUCCAUCAGGAACCUGUCCCAGCUCUGAGAUGGCAGCCCACAUGUGUGUGGUGGGGAUGUGGCUCAGGUGGGAGGGUGAAUGGGGCUGGUGUGAGCUUGAGGCCCUCCUUGCUGAGGAUACACAGGGGGAACCUGUGGGGGGAACCUCAGCAGCUCUUCUGUCCAAAGCGUGUCUUGAAGUUGGUCUUCUGCAGGGGUGGGACCAUGAGGAGGCAGGCUGACAAGGACACAGCAUGGAAGGCUGAGGAAGCUCUGGAAUUCAAUGCCUGAACGAAGUUUGGUGGCCUCAGUCUACACAAAAAUGAAACCCCUGCUUGCAGAUGGAGAUCUGUCCUCUCUUCUGAGCAAGAGAGAGCUCUUCAGCCCCUUGCUCUCAAAGUCCUGGUUGGCCCCUCAGUUGCUUCUGCGUCUCCUGUGAGCAGCCACAUCAGACGUGUACCAAGUUCUAUUUCUGCAAACCGCAGCACGGCCACACUGGUCCGUCCUGUCUGCUCACAGCUCUGCAAUCCCACCACGGGACACCUGCUCCCUGCCCCAAACUCACCCCAGCCAGGGCUGUGUGUGCCCAUCCUGGGAGCAGCCUGGUCCCACAGGCAGUGCUGACAACAGGAGCUCUGCCGAGGAGCACUGAGGCAGCUCCUUCAAAGGUCACCCUGGUGAUUACGAGCACAGGAAAGGUUCAGAUGUGUGACACAGCUGUGGCUGUGAGAAGAGGGGAAGUAUGCAUGAUGCUGUGACCACUGUUACACGAGCUCAGGAAACUAGAGCCUGGGGAAGGUGGGCAGGCUCGGGCGCUCUAUGGAACGAGGACCUCACCCCCAGCACUGGUCCCAUGAUUGCAAGCAGCUGAUAGAGAUAAAAACCAGGGAGUGAAGGUGUUCAGCAGCCAGAGUCAGGCCAGCAGCUCUGCUCCUUCACUGCUCUGAGGAAGGCAACACCUGGCUGAAAGUGUAUAAAUGUGCUUGGUUCCAGCCAAUCCAGCACUGGUGUCCUUGGCUGUCUUGUCAUCUUCUGUUAGAGAAAGUGAGCCCUGCUGAGGGCCACAGUGGUUCCCAUAGCUAAGGGCUAAAGUGGUUGAGAUGAGACCUCUCACCUCCAGUUAGGUAAAAUGGGUCCCACCAGCUGUUCUUGAACAAACUUGGAAAAUAAUGGGAAUAUUUUAAUCUGCAAGAAGCAGUCCCCAGAGACAAUUUUAAAUCAUAUCAAUGUAUAUUAGAGAUAGGAGCUACCUACAGAUCCUUAAGUGACGAUCACAUAAAAUGCCCCUGGUCAUUAAGAAAUGGGCUUUUAGAAGGAAUCUUUGCACCAAGUCUGCACAGGAUUGCCCUGCAAGGCAGACUUGUCCUCACUGCCACAUGGUGAAGCUAUGCCAAGGUUUAUGUUCCCACAGCACACACCUCUGGAGCAGAGUGGGCUCCUUCAAUCAGGACUCAAUUCUCCAAAUUCUUUUAGUGGAAGAUCAGAUAUAAACAUCUAUUGAUUUUUUUUUCAGUGGCACCAUAUCUCUGCAGCUUUCUGGUCUUGUCUCCACAGAGAGACACUGACCUCUGGCUUCUCUGAGUUCCCAGAGAUUAAAAAGAGCAGGAUAGAUCAUGAGGACGAACUCCUGGUGGCAAAAAAAAUUUAACAGCACAGAGCUGCAGUAGCACAGUCUGUAGCUUCUGAGUCUACUUUCAGCCUGGCAGCCACACCACCUUCCCAACACCGAGCACCUGUAGUGUGCUCAACCCUCAGCAUUAACCAGCCAUGAGUCAAGCUCUAAAUAAUGCUGAGGUGUGGUUUAGAGUCCAAGUUUGUUUCUUUAGAGAAUACAUGCUGGUCUCCUUUAUGUUUUCCUACCUAAAAUGACUAGAAACUUCUCCUUUUCAGGCCUCCUUCUCACACUGUCAUGCCCUUUCGGUGCCAAGGGUUAUCAGGAAAUGAGUCAGGAGUCUCCAGCAGUUCACAAAGGCACUAGGUGCCCUGCUUGGUGCACCUGCAGUGCUCUGCUGAAGCCGCUCACAGGGCGACGCUCCCUGGCUUUCCUAGAAAUUGGGACCUCAUUUUCCUGCCAGUGCCAGCUCCCCAGCCUCCCCCAGCACAUGCUGAGAUGUUGAUGUCUUCUCUGUGCCAGGGCUGCAGCUGUGCAAGGCUCCUGCCCAUGGAUGGUGCAGAGAGGUACAGUACCGUGAGCUGUGGAGCUGCUGCUGCUGCUGGGCAGGAGGAGCUCCGGGUGUGCCAGCACAGUGUGCCUGGUGAGGCUGGGCUGGGAGGGCUCCUGAUGGGGCAGGACACGGCCUCUUCCAGCUGUUUUACCUCCAGCCAUGGUAGAAAAUCCAGGGUGGGGCUGGGCCAGCUGCAGUCACUGAAGUUGUGUGUGUGGGCUGGAUGCUGAUGGCACAGCUGCUGUCAGAAGCUCCCGCAGGAGCAAAUGCUGCCUGUGCUGGUCUCUGGUGAGGCUGCCUGCUGCAGCAGCUCUCUGAGAAGCGCUCCCUCCAUGCCAGCCUUCCUCCAGCUGCGGCAGCAUCGCCUCAUCAGCACCGCGGCUGCUGAUGCCCCAGUGGGCACCUACUGCCACUGCCCCCCGCCCCAGAAAGGGGCUGCUGAGGUGCUGUCAGCUCCCAGGUUAUCAAACACACCAGUCCCCAGCCCAUCAGCCCCCACCCACCCGCUGUGCAUAGCAGAGGUUCCCAGUGCCCUUCACUGGGAAUGAUUUGUCGGUCCUGCAGGCUGCUCCUCUGAGGGAGGUGGUUCUGCUGAUCCCAGAAACACUUCCCGAGGCUCGGUGGUCCCUCAUGUCCCACCCCUCCAGCCCUAAUAUGGGCACAUGGAAGAAGAGCAAAGAGGCACAGGGGACCCCCAAAAUCUCAGAGGAACGUGGUGUCCUGGUGCAGAGCAUCCCCUCCCCGUGAGCAGGUUUGGUGUUGCUGUGUGAAGCUGCAGGUCUAACCCUGAGCAGGGAGCUGCUCAGACACCAGUUUGUCCCCAAAUCCCACACACCCUCCUCGCCCGCUGCCUCCCCCUUGCCGACACGGGAGAGACAUGAUUCCUGGUACCCCUGAUAAAGCUCUUGCAGAUAUUGGGGAAGAAAGAAGUGGGAAUAGCACUUCCUCCUCCUCCUCCCCUCUCCGUUUCUUCAUGGCUGAAAGGUCAGUGAUCUGCUUUCUGUGAUCAGGUAGGUUGUGGCUUCCUGGCAUUCUCACGGGAACCAGGGCAAACAUCAGCUGCCCCAGCACCAGGGAGGACCCAGCUGGAGCUGGGUCUGUCACCACAAGGUCUCCAGCAGCUUCAGCUCUGUGCUGGAGGCUGCAACGUGCCCGUCUGUGGCUUUGCAAAUCUCUUUCCUCCUCUGCAAAACAGCGCGGUGCAAAGCACUGAAGUGCAAAGCUGGAGGCUUUAUUACAGCAGGUGGUGGGGAAAGGCUUAAAAUCUAAAAUUCAGCUAAAAUCUGUGCUCUGUGGGUCACCCCCUGCCUUCCAGCCUGCCCCCAGCACAGCCUGCUUGCACACUGUUGGGGACAGACAGAUUUCCUGAGGUGCCAGCCAGAUGCCUGAAGACUGAGGGAAAGCCAAACCAAAAUAAACCUGAUGUAGCUGGGUGCUUUAAUUUGCAGGAAGUGCUGUGCAGCAGCAGGCUGGUUCCCAGCUGAAUCUUUCUUGCUGCAUCAAGCAUAAAUUCAUCAGGUAUUCCAUUUCCUGGGAAAAAAAAAAUAAAGCAGAAUAAUUCACUUGGAAAUAAAGAGUGGAGCUAUUUUUCCCUCUGACAUGGUGAAUGCAAUUACCCAAGGCAUGGGAGGCUGAGAUAACUCACUUGUUCAGCCCCCACUCUCCAAAGAAACCAUCAUCAUUCUGUCAGAAAAAGCUUUAAACUCAAAUUUACAUCCUGAAUGCUAAAACAUCACCACAUACAGAAGCCAUCCUUAUGAUUUCCAUGCACCAGCUGCUGCAUCACAAGGAAAACACACUCAUAGGCCAGAAUUUAUUAUUGUCAAGGCCAUACACACAGUGCAAGCUCCCUGUGUUUGCUGACCCUUUUCCCAAUGCUGUUGGUAUCUCCUUGUCCUUCAGGAGCAAUUCCUAGUGAAGCAAAGCCCACUGGCACUCUGUUAGUAGUGUGUGAGCCAUGCUGGGGCUGGGAAAAUGUGCAUGGGGGUUGAGAGUCUCAAGCUGUGUCUGUUUGGAGAGCUCAGUGCAGGCAAGCCAUAAGCCUGUGAUUGCCCCCAAAUUUAAUUCCAUUUAGGCAGCACUCUCCCACCUCUUCUGUCAUUACAUAAUGGGGAGUGAAGUAAUGACUUUCAGCAAUGCUGUUUGAGUGGCAGCAGUCCAAUCCUGGACUGCAUUUUUUUUUUUUAAUGGUGGGGGGAGAGCAGGUUGGCAGAGGGGAGGAAGCAUCCGUUUGGUUCGUCUGCAAUCCCUGUUUCGCUUUGGGAGCUUUAGAGGACAGACACAUUCUUCCAUCUCCGCUAAUCCUCCUCUGAUACAGAGGAUUUUCCUGCCAUUAAAUGAUAGCUUGUGAGAAAAAAAUGCCAACUUUUCAGAGACUGGCUGGUAUGGCUAAGGGCAGCCUCAUGAGCAGGAGGGAGGACACAGCCACUGCCUGGCCAGGUAAGCCACACGUCCGGGUGAUUUCUGUUGGGAAUUUUGGUUUCCACUCUUUGAUGGUUACGCUCCUCUGUACCAGCACCUGCUUCCUUAGGGUAGAGCCAGUCUCUUACUGUUGGUGAUCCUUUCCCACCUCAGAUGACAGGAAUCUGCCUUUGGCAUGGCUUCUGGGAAGGAUGCGGAUGAGCUCCUGAAAAGCAGUGGCACAAAACUGCAAGAUUCCCUGAGAAGGGAAAUGACAGAGGAUGAAACCCAUCUCUAGUCUUCCUGUGUGCUUUUAGAUCCCUCAAGUUUGCUUGCCAGACCUGAAAUGCCUGAGAAUAAUCAAGGUAAUGUUUGCCAUCAUUCUAAAUGUGAUCCUUUGGGUCCCACAGGUCCAUGGGGUGUGGGCCUGUGUGCGCUCCUGCCCUCCCAGCUGUGUGUGCACGCCGGAGAGGAGCUGCUCUGUGCUCUGUGACCGUGCUGGGCUGGGGCAGAUCCCCAGCGAGUUCCCCUGCGAAGCCUCUUCCAUCAACCUGGAUAAAAACAGCAUCAAGUUCCUGUCCGAGAGGGCCUUCGGGACGCUGCCUUCCCUCAAGUCCCUGUCUCUCAACCACAACAACAUCUCCUUCAUCACUCCAGGGGCGUUCAAGGGGCUGCCCAGCCUGACGGAGCUGAAGAUGGCCCACAACGAGUACAUUCGCUAUCUCCACACUCGCACCUUCACCGCGCUCCGGCGCCUCGUGAGGCUGGACCUGGCCGACUGCAACCUCUUCAACAUCCCAGACAGGAUCUUCAUCGAGCUGCCUGCUCUGCAGGAGCUGUUCUGCUUCCAGAACAACUUCCGAAGGAUCCCAGGCGCCAUCAGGGGCAUGGAGAACUUGACCCAUGUGUACCUGGAGAGAAAUAGGAUUGAAGCGGUGGCCUAUAACUCCCUGCAGGGCCUGACUAAGCUGAAAUACCUGAAUCUGCAGGACAACAAGAUAAAUGUCAUCCAUGAGCGAGCUUUUCAGGGCUGUCAGAGGAUGGAGUACCUGUACCUGAAUGACAACUUGAUCAGUGAGCUUCCAGAAAACUCCUUUGAUGGCCUGAGGCGCCUGAAGAUGCUCAACCUGGGGGGGAAUUUUCUCAGGAACAUUUCCAACACCUGGUUCCGGGACUUGGGGGAGCUGGAGUUCCUCUACCUGGACCGCAACAGGAUCAGCUACAUCGAGGAAGGGGCUUUUGAGAACCUCACCAGCCUGGUGGCGCUGCACUUGAACAGCAACAACCUGACGACCCUGCCCUUCUCGGUGUUCGAGCCCGUCUACUUCCUGGGGCGCCUGUACCUCUUCCGCAACCCCUGGGAGUGCGACUGCCGCAUCGAGUGGCUCAAGGAGUGGAUGGAGAACUACAGGCUCGUCAGGGAUAUUCCGUGUGCCUCCCCCUCCUCCGUGGCUGGCAUUGAUCUGACGGACGUGCUCUUCGAGAGGUCUCCCGAGGGUUACUGCCUCGACCCGGUGGAGCUCAACAUCACGUCCGAGGGGCCGGCCCCGAGCGAGGAGCCUUGGUCCACCACAGAGAGCAAGUUCAACAGCCUUAUCUCCAAACUCUUGCUCCAGAUGGGCCUUCCCGAAGAGGUGGCAAAUGCCACUGAGGUGUACAGUAACACCACGCAGCCGGACGGACAGACUGAAGGGGUUUCUUCUGGCAUGGGGGAAGGAAGAACCAAGGCUGACUCCUCCUCCUUGUACCUCCCAGCACUUUUUACAGUGAUUGUUCUGCUGUGCAAAUAGUCCAAGGGCUGGAUGGAGCAGGGGUUCUGCUUAAGCGUUUAGACCCUGCACCUACUUAGUCGUGAGAGAAAAGUUUUACUGUGAGCCUCUGAUACAUAAUGGGCUCCAAACUCUUCCAGGCUGGGUUUGUUGGAUCUGGCUCCAGAUUCCCCUGGGAGCUGCUGAAAUCUGGGUCCCACUCUGGGUGACAAACCUGCCCUGUGGGUGCCCCAGAGCCUCCUGGAUACUCAGAGGGAGAUGAGCAGCACUAAUACUGAAUUUUGCCUAGAGAUGUGUGAUGUUCCCUGCUGGGAAGGGAGGGAAGAGGGGUCUGUCUGUGGGGUGCUUGUUCCACCAGGCCAACUCGUGAGAGCGAGAUGUUCCAUGGUGACUCAGCUUCGUGAGAGCGAGAUGAGGCCACAAAACCGGACCCCUCUUCAUGUCCUGACAGACACCCACACCCACACCCACGGCAGGUGCUGCUGAACAAUGGGAAACCAUUCCUGAUUUCCCCCAUCGGGUGCAGGAGGGAGCAGGGCAGUCCUGGUGACAUCCAGGGAUGCAGCACUGGGCCUCAUGGGAAGGAGGAAAGUGCCUGGAGAGGCACCUGCCCCAGGCUGGUCUGGGGUGGGCACAGGAUGCUGGCACUGACCCCAGGCAGGAUUUUGAUCCCUUCUCCCCCCUGUUAUCCUGGCACUGGUGUGGGAGAACCAGAUGGACCCAUGUUUGUCCAAACAGUCCCCUCUGAGGCAAAGCUACUUAAACUUAACCCACUUAUUCCCAUCAUUUCAAUGUGUUUAUUUUUUCAGUGAAUAUAUUGUUUCAAGGAAUAAAUUUUUUUUAUUUGUAGGUUGUUUCAUGGCAUAGCAGCAGGGGCAGAGCACGGUGAUGCCAAAUGCAACCAGGCCCUAUGAAAUAUUUUCUAUUUCCACCACUAAUAUGUACCAUGUAGCGUGUCAUAUUAUGCCAUACUGAUAAUCUUCUUUUAUACAGCAUUUUAAGUGUUUUAUCUUUGAAAUCUUCAAUGAAAGCUGCUAAUAUGACCAGAAAGAAUGAUGUUUUAUGUAUCAAAGCAUAUUAAUAAAAUAAUUUGAUAUUUUACUCACAAAAAUAAAUUAACUGCUCAAACCUAAUUGGUUUUUUUUUGAGAUCCUUGACCAACUCUGGUGAUUUUUUUUUUUUUGUAGGCUACUCAAAUGGGUGCACACGAGUGUCCUUUCAUGGCCUAGAGCAAAUGACAACCUAUUUAUUGCAACAUAAGUACUUUCACGUAGAACUUGACCAUGCUUAUGUUUGUGUUAAGCAGCAACACUUGAAAAUAUAAGUGACUAUGUAGAAAUACACUUCUGUCCAAAAAGAUCUACUGCUUUCUAAUUAGUGCCAGAGAUUUCCAGAGGAAAGCUGAGUACAGGGAAAACCAAGCCUUCCCUGCUGCAAUGGCUUCUCAGUUAUCUGUAGCUCGACCACAGUUUCCCCAGGGAAUCAAAAUGCCAGAUGGUUUGAUAAAUGCCUAUUUGACCUGUUCCGUGAACUAAAUUCAAUGAGUUAGGAUUUCCAGGCUAUUUAUGAAUCCAUUAAUCUUCUUAAAUGCUAAAUUCAUCUGUGUAUUAUAAGAGGCUGUUUUUCAAACCUA